GGCGGGGAAGCGUGAGGCUCCCCUCAGGCUGCGCCUCCCCUCAGGCCGCGGCGGGACCCCGGGCCCGCGUCAGGCCGUGCCGUACCCCGGGCGUCGUGAGGGGAAAAUGGCCUCUCGGAGGAUCACCCGCGAGACGUUCGAGGCCGUGGUGCAGGACAAAGUUAAACGGUACCGCAUGGAGCGGGGCGAUGCCGCGGGGGGCUCCAUCCAUCAUUUCAAAGCUCACUCCAGGCCGCUGCCCCGGCCUCGCUUCCACGGCGACGGGAGGUUCCCUCACGCCAACUCCCAGCACGAGGACUGGAGCGAGGAUCCCAGGGAAGAUUAUCCCAGGGAAGAUUAUCCCGGGGAAAACUAUCCCGGCCCUUCCUACAGACCCGCCAGCCCCCUGCUCCGCAAGGAGAAUUAUUUCCACGAACAAUUCGCCCGCCCCGCGCCCCGGGAGCGGGAAUUCGGCCGGGAUUACGGGCGCCCCGCUCCCCAAAACCGGGAAUUUGGGCGUGCAGCUGCCCCAAACAGGGAAUACGGGCACCACCCCGCUCCUCACAACCGGGAGUACGGACAGCAGAACCGGGAAUACGGGCGGGAGCGGGAUUACGGGCAGGAUUACGGCCCCUCGGAUUCCUGGGAAGGCAGCGGGCCGCACGAAGCCGAGUUUGGCUCCUCGGAUAUUUUAGGGGAUUUCAGGUCUCCCGGGCUGAUGGAGGAGGAGUACGGCGGCGUGGAAAAUCAGGAGUACGAGGCGGAGUUCGGGGCGCCGGACAGCGAGUUCCGGCCGCCGCUGCGCAGGGGAGCCGUGGGCAGGGGGAGAGUCCUGAGGGGGAAGCGCCUGACCAGGGGGGUGGUGAAACCCAAAGUGUUCAAAGGAGACGUCAAAAGCCCCCUGAAGAAGUGGAACGUGAAGAAACCGGGCCUGGAUCCCAAAGCUCUGGAUCAGCCUCUGGAAGUCGCCGAGCGCCCCAACCAGAGGCCGGUGCCCCUCCAGCAGCGCCCCAACCCCAAGCUGCCCCCACACCCUCUGGCAGCCCAGAGACCCAUCCUCAGGCUGCCAAAGCCCGCCCACGUCUUCAGGAACCUCAACUUCGACCUGGUGGAUAAAUCUGACAUUUUCUCCACCUUCGGCAUCGAGAUCAUCAAGUGGGCCGGGUUCCACGCCGUCAAGAACGACGCCGAGUUCUCGCGCCUCUUCGGGGCCCUCUUCGAGCUGGAGACUGAGACCUGUGCCAAAAUGCUGGCCUCCUUCAAGUGCUCCCUGAGGCCAGAGCACAGAGAUUAUUGCUUCUUCACCAUCAAGAGCUUGCAGCACGCCGCCCUGAAAACCCCCAAGGUGGACAACGAGUUUUUGAACAUGCUGCUGGACAAGGGGGCGGUGAAAACCAAGAAUUGCUUCUUCGAGAUCAUCAAACCUUUCGAUAAAUACAUCAUGAGGCUCCAGGACCGCCUCCUCAAGGGGGUGACGCCGCUGCUGAUGGCCUGCAACGCCUACGAGCUGAGCAUUAAAACCAACGGCUUCGGCAAUCCCAGGGAAAUGGCCAACGCCUUCGAGACCACCGUGUCCCUCUGCCGAAAAUCCCUGGCUCUGCUGGGCCAGACCUUUGCUCUGGCCUCUGUUUUCAGGCAGGAGAAAAUCCUGGAGGCUGUGGGGCUCCAGGAGAUGGCUCCGGCGCCGACGUCCUUCCCGAAUUUCGAUGAUUCCACGCUGUUUGGGAGGGAGUACAUUGAGAAUCUGAAGGCUUGGCUGGAGAAGAGCGGAUACCCCAUCCAGAUGAAGAGAGCCGAGGCGGAACCCACGGAGCAGCUCAAAGCAGCCUCGCCCGACACCAAAGCCCCCCAACGAGCUGACAGGAAAGUUUUGGACACAAUUGAGCAGCUGGUGACCAGCAUCGUGUCAGGAACUUUGUCUGCCAAAGACAGGAACGCUCAGAAGAACUCUCCCGAAUUUUGGUUCCUGUCCGACGAGGAGAGCCUGGAGUACAAAUAUUACAGGCUGAGGCUGUCAGAGGUGCAGAGGAGGAGCCUGGCUGGGGAAGGAGCUGCCCCAGAGUCCCUCCGGGCCAUGCUUUAUGCCAGGAGAGUCGCCAGCAUCAAAAGGAAGCUUUUCAAAAGGAAAAAAAAACCUGGAAUUCUCCCUCUCCGCGCCAGCAGAGCCAGGAAGGUGAGGAGAACCACGGGCACUCAGACUGUGCUGUCAGCUGGGACGGUGCUGAAGCACCAGGACAAAAAUCUUCCAGGUUCAGGGCAGGGGAAGAUUUCCCUGGAAGAUCCUCAGCAGAUCCCUGCCCUGGACGUCACCUCGGCCGCCCCAGGCGCCAGCAGCUCCGAGAUCCCGGUGCCCGCGGAGCAAAAAACACAUCCCGAGGAAUUCUCAGCAUCAGCAGAGCUCCUCCCUGCCCUGGGCUCUCAGUUUCCCGAUGUGGAUGCCAAAACCAUGGAAACUGCAGAGAAACUCGCCAAGUUUGUGGCUCAGGUAGGACCAGAAAUUGAGCAAUUCAGCAUUGACAACAGUGCAGAUAACCCCGACCUCUGGUUCCUGCAGGACCAGAGCAGCUCCGCGUUCAGAUUUUACCGGAUGAAGGUUUACGAGCUCUGCCCCUCCAUCAGCUUCAGCCCCGAGGCCUCAGACAGCACCAAAACCACCCCAAAACCCCUGGAGGUCUCCGAAGACGAGGAAGAGGAAGAAGAAGAAGAAGAAGAAGAAGAAGAGGAUGAAGCUGAGUUUGAAACCUCCCAACCUCUGGGGGACGAGGAGGAGGAGGAUGAGGAGGAUGAGGAGGACGUGGCAGCAGGCACCGAACCCGGCCCCCGGCGCGCGAUUCCCCCGCAAAAGAGUCAGCAGCAAGUCCCUGAAAGUGGGGAUGAUCCCGGCUUCCAAAAGGAUCUGCCUGAUAGAGGAGCCCAAAGUGCAUGAGCCUGUCAGGAUUGCUUAUGACAGACCUCGGGGCUGCCCUGUGACGAAGAAGAAAAAG